AUGUACCUCGAGAAAGAAGCGGGGACCUCUGUGGGCACAGACUCGGUUCCUAACAGACCUCCCUGGAUGAAGCUGUGUAUCAUCAGCAUUGAUCUGUGUCAUCAGCACUACAGGCACACCCCGUCUCCCCAACUAAGACAAUCCAGAGACAAUUCCCAUCACUUCAGGGUCAGCAGACAGGGCGAUUGUUUAUAUCUGGACAAAACAAGACAGCAAAAGGAAGAUCUUAUAGUUGGAUGUCCAAUAAUGGGUACCACAAACCCCCCAACACACAUCCUGAAGAGAGGCUCCCACUUGCUGUGA